AUGACCGAGGAUCAUCGAGGCAAGGUUCCAAGCUGGGAUGGGGAUCCCAAGACUUGGCGGACAUACAGGCGGAAAGCCCUCCAGUACCAGGAGGGCACCAAGAGAGAGGACCGGUACCUGUGCGGCCCGCGGCUAGAGGCGAAGCUCACGGGCCGGGCCGAGAUCGCGGUCGAGCGCUGCAAGGCUGGCUGGCUCUCCAGACCAGAUGGCGUGGAGAGGCUCCUGGCGUGGCUGGAGCGCAGAUGCUCUCGACAAGCCGUGCCAGACGUAGGCCAGGAGCUCGAGACGUUCUUGAUCAAGACGAAGCGCCGCAAGCUCGAGCCCAUGCAGCAGUGGACGGACCGCUUCGAGACAGGGUACCAGUACCUCAGACGCGCGCUGGCACGCGCGCUGGGACACACAGUCCCGGUCCAGGUCGCUCCAGCAUGGAAGAGGACAGGGCGACCAUACCGCUGGGUUGAGGUCGAACGUGGCUGGCCAUUCGAGGGUAGCGAAUGGACAUGGGAGUACACGGACGGCCUGCCAGACGAUGAGAAAGAAGACUCACACCUCUGGAGCGCUGCUGACCAGGAUGCGGACGCCGAGGAGGAGCUCGGGGGCUUGCCAGAAGUAUUCCCGAGCCUGGUCCUGGGCUGGCUGAUGCUCGUACGGUCAGGGCUCGACUCGCGCGAGCGGGCGGCCAUCAUGACGGCAACUGGCGGCUCGCUGGAGGUCGACACCAUCCGGGAGAAGCUGAUCUCGAGCUGGGAGGACGAGGACCUGGCGGAGUGUGAUGGGCACUCACGGUUCCCGAAGGCGUACACGGCCCAGCUCGGAGAAGAUGAUCGCACAUGGCUUGACGAAGAUGAGGCACCAGAUGCAAGCAGCUUCGCAGCCGACAUGGAGAACAGCGAGUGGCAAGAGGAAGAACCAGGCCCAGAGGAGGCGAACGAUGACGACAUCGAGAGCUACUUGGCGGCUCAGCAGGAGGAGGCGGAGGCGCUCGCGGCGAUCCACACCGCCCAGCGUACCCUCCGCCAGGCUCGUGAAGCUCAGGCAGACAGCAGGCUGAGCAGAGGCUUCUACAGGGGAGGCCCGCCAGACGCGAGCGCGAAGGUGGCAGAGUGCAGGAAGGAGCUGAAGUUCAACCUCGUGGCCUCGCUGGUCGCCGAGCAGGAGCCCCGGGAGUCGGAGUGCGAGGCGAUGUUUGCGGACCAGGCCAUCCUCGAGGGCAAGGGCAUCGUCGACUUAGGGUGCACGGACGCCAUGGGUGGUGAACGCGCCCUGGACAUCGUGGCCCGCAAGAACUUGGAGAAGUAUGGCGACACCAGGCUGCUGGACGUGAACCGGAACUACAGGCCAGUCUACAGCUUCGGGAAUGGCGAGAAUGAGCGCGCCUACGGACAGGUGAAGUUCGGCAUCACGGGCGCGGGCGUGGAAGGCGACAUCGCCAUCAACGGUUUCUCGAAGGAUGUCCCAAUCCUGGUGUCCAAGAAGGUGCUGAAGAAGCUCGGGGCCGUCGUGGACUGUGAGACUGGGGUGGCCGUGUUCGUGAGGCUCGCACCGGACAUCCCCGUGCAGCUGGAGGAGUCACCUGACGGAGGCCACUACUACCUGAGCCUGGUCGACGACUUGCUGGAGCAGCGCGUCAAGCAGAGCCAGCUGCGGAACUUCAAGACCAUCUGCGAGAGCAUGCGUGAGUGGGACCGCCAGCCCGCGGCCGCAGUGUGCCAGGGGCCAGACAGCAGCUCGGAUGACCGGGCUGAGCAGUUGGAGCGCUACAUGCAUCCAUCUCAAUCCGACCAUAGCAUUGUCACCGAUGCGUCCCCAGUUGCUUCGGCAGGAUCGCAUGCUCGUGCGGUGCGACCACUCCAGAUGCCAACGUCUCGCAGUGCAGUACAGGGCCUCUACAAAGCGGACGUGCUGCAUUUGCUUCAGGAGCUUGGCCUACCGUGCAGUCCGGCCUGGGGCGUGGACGAGCUGAAGCAGGUCCUCAAGGAGCACAUGUUUCCGAAGGACGAGACGCCAGUGCAGGUGGCCAUGAAGGGUCUCAGCUCGAUGAAGAAGUCCCAGCUCUUGGCGAAGGCAGAGGAGGUAGGCGCCCACGUGACACAGGGCAUGACGAAUCCGUCACUCAAGCUCUCGAUCCGCAAGGCCAUCCUCAUGAAGCAUACCCCAGAGCCGACCGACUACAUGGGCUUCGGGAAGCACGGAGCCAUGACCUACCAGCAGGUUCGGAGCCAGUACCCAUCCUACGCAGCCUGGUGCCAGAAAGAGGCGAACCAGGAGAGCAGCUGGGAGCUGGCCCGGUUUGCCUCAUGGCUCAACGAGCAGGAGAUCAUCGACAAGAAGGCCGGGGUGACCAGGGAUCCGAAGGAGGUCCCGAGAGAGCCAGACAAGGCUCGAGGGGGCGCGAGGUCAUCCCGCAGGAGAACGGUCGACGCGAUCAUGGAGGACGAGAUCGAGGAGCAGGAGAAGCUCGAGGCUGCGAUCAAGAUGCAGAAGGAGGAGAAGGAGUCCAACCGUUUGGUCCAGGAGCAGAUGCUGACGGCGCUGAACCAGCUCAACCAGAGGCUCGGCCAGCUGGAGGGCCAGGAGCUGGACCCCAGGAAGCAGCGCUGGCUUGCCAAGUGCAUCCAGGAAAACGGCCACUUUGAGGACUACGAGGCGCUGAUGGCCCACGGCAGUACCAAGUUGAUGGAGGUCGCAUGCAGCCCGACAUCCAUCCUGAGCACUAAGAUGGCGGAGAAGUUCGGCGAGGACGCUGUAUGCCGCAUCAGUGCGUGGAACGGUUUCAAGCUGGGGACACCCGGUGGCAACCAGAGGGCUCGGGAGGCACGUGACGAGGCUGAACCAGACCACCUGUGGAUCAGUACGAGGUGCGGCCCCCUGUCUACCCUCACCCUCGGCUUCAACGGCUCCAACCCUAUCAGGGCCGAGGCCACCAGGAAGCGCAGGCUGCAGGCCAUCAAGGAGUACAAGGGCGCGGUGCAGCUGGUGUAUGACCAGGUGGCUCAGGGCAAGCAUGUACACUGGGAGUGGCCCAUCAAGUGCGAGGGCUGGGGCCACACGAUGAUCAGGAAGAUGGUGGAGGACUGCUCCAUGACGGUGGUGAAGGUGGCAGGCUGCCAGCUCGGCGUGAAGGACGGGAAGGGCCUGCCGCUGUUGAAGGAGUGGCUUAUCGCUACGACGUCUCCAAAGAUGGCAGCCCGGAUGUCCCUGGAGUGCCCAGGAGAUCACCGACAUGGGGAGCUCACAGGAGGCAGUCUGACAGCGGCCACCAGCUAUUACCCGGACGAGUUUGCCAGACGAGCUGUGCGCGCGAUGACCGAGGAGGCUGCGCCCGACUACCACGAGUUCAUGAGGUGCGUGGCGGAGCCCGGGGAGGCGGCCGACCAGGCGAUGGCCGCCAACCAAGAGGAGACAAAGAUGAACUCAGACUUGAGCUCGAAGGAGUACCAGCAGAUCAUGAGGUGGCUCACCUCAAUCCACCGUGGCUCAGGUCACAGCUCGAAGGCCUCCCUGCUGAACGCACUUCGGAGGAAGGGCGCCAGCCCACAGGUGCUACAGGUGGCUGAGGACUUCCACUGUGACGCUUGCGAAGAGGCGCACAAGUUCAAGCCCACACAUCCGCCGGUCAGCUUAGAAGCCAUCCCGCCGAAGUGGAAGCACAUCCAGGCGGACCAAUUUGAAUGGGAGCACCCGCAGACGAAGGUUAAGUCCAAGAUCUCCCUGAUCAUAGACGAGAACUGCCGGGUGCGCGUCAGCAAGCUACUGUACCACAUGGUUGGCGAGGACCGGCACAAGAAUCCCGUGUGGGCCGACCUCAAGCAGUUCUAUGAGGAGCGCUGGAUGCCCUACUUCGGCAAGCCACAGAGGGUGAAGGUGGACCCCGAGGGCUCCUGGAUGUCCAAGCAGGCGGCUGCGUACUUUGAUUCCGACUCCAUCGCGUACGAACCCAUACCUGGCCAGGCCCAUUGGCACAUCUCCCUCGCCGAGGAGGCCAUCCAGGCCACCAAGGGGACCAUGGACAAGUUGGUGACGGAGAACCCCGAGAUGACGACGGAGGAAGCCCUGGCCAGAGCGACCGCUGCCGGGAACUCACGAGAAGAUGUUCGAGGACACUCACCCCUUCAACAUGCCCUUGGGCGAGCACCAGACCUGGACGGACACUUCUUUGAGAGCGACUUCGACGAACUGCCCUACGUGGAGGCCCAGAGGGUCGACAAGGAGUUCGGAGAGAACUACGCCAGGAUGUAUGCUGCCGAGCAGGAGUACCUGAGGCAAGUCUACAUGCGACGCAUCAGCAGGGCAGAGAACGCGAAGAAUCAGGCGGUGAAGUCCGUGGCGCCAGGCAUGUGGGUGCGCUACUUCCGGAAAGAGAAGGGUGAAGCCAAGGGCCGAUUCAAAGGGCUCGCGAGGGUCCUGGCCACAGAGACGGCGCGGCCAGUGGACGGGGACCUUGGCGAAGGACGGGCCCUACACCCUGGGCGUGCAGGGUCCGUGGUGUGGCUUGUGCGAGCCGGGCGUAUCAUCAAGGUGGACCUCUGCCAGAUCCGGGCGGCCUCCUCACGGGAGAUCGCCUACGCAGAGCUGAUGGGAGGCAAAGACACGCCCUGGACAGUCCACACGUUCAUGAACCAGACGAUGAAGCACGAAUACCUGGACUUCACGGGCCACGACCCCACCGAGGACGACAUGGAGGAGCAGAUGAAGGAGAACAUGGCCCUCAUGGCGAAGUCCACUCCAGACGCCCGGGCCUUUUGGGCUCGUCAGGGCACGUCACUGGAGGUCUCCGUUGAAGUUCCCCUGGAGGGGAAGCCGCUCAAGCAGGCCACGCGACACAUGAGUACCUACAUGGCGAGCCAGCUGCGGAAGGGCAAGCGCGAGAUCUCGGAAAGGACGUUGACCCCGGACGAGGUGGCGAAGUUCGGCCAGGCAAAGGCCACGGAGGUGAACAACUACAUUGUGUCUUCGGUGCUGGAGACGCUCCCACCAGGCGUGACUCCCCCUCCCGAGGACAUCAUGCGCAUGAGGUGGAUCCUCGAGUGGAAG